AUGGCGUUCAGUUUAGCUCUCCGUUCCCAGAGACAGAUUGAUGAGUUCAGGCAAGUGGUUGAAGAUUGUGGGUUUUAUGAGUUCUCUUUUACUGGAUUUGAAUUCACAUGGGAUAAUAGAAGGGAAGGAGAUGCGAAUGUUAAAGAGAGAAUUGAUCGUGGUUUUGGUAAUUUUAAUUUGAUUCAAAAAUGUGGUGGCUUUGUUGCCCAUCAUUUAGUGACUAUGUCUUCUGACCACUGCCCUAUUCUUAUUGAGGCGGAACCUCCUUCUUGUAGUGAUAGUAGUUUUCGGAGACGGGGUUGUAGAUUUCUUUUUGAGGAGAUGUGGACAAAGGAGGAGGAAUGUGGCCAAUUGAUUAAUCAAGUCUGGGAGGAGGGGCGCCAUAGAGGUGUGAACCUCAAAAUUAAAGCAGUGGCAGAAAAGCUGAAAAUAUGGGAGAAGGAAAAGUUUGGGCAGAUUCGUCGUAGUGUGGAUGAGCUGAGAAAGGAGUUAGACUCUUUACAAAGAGCCUUUCCUUCUGGGGAGGUUAUGCAACAACGAAGGGAAGUGGAAUUAAAGCUGGACAAAUUGCUUGAAACAGAAGAAAUUAUGUGGUGCCAACGGGCUAGAAAUCUAUUUACGUCAAAUGGAGGACAGUUUACUGAUGAGUUAUUCCAGGUAGUGGAUGCUAGAGUUACUGUGGGGCAAUCGGUAUUUUUGAAUAGCUCUUUUACUAGGGGAGAAGUUGAGAGUGCAUUGAAACAAAUGGGGGCUACGAAAUCUCCGGGGCCAGAUGGAAUGCCUCCCAUUUUUUACCAGAAAUAUUGGGACGUGGUUGGCCCUGAUGUGGUUUUGGCUAACAGGUUGAAGAAAGUUUUACCGACUGUGAUAUCUGAGUUCCAGAGUGCAUUUGUUCCAAAUAGAUCAAUCCACGACAAUGUUAUCGCCGCAUUUGAAAUCAUUCACAAUUUAAAGCGUCGUGGUAAGAAAAGUAGGCAGAAGGUGGCUGUGAAAUUGGAUAUGGCCAAGGCUUAUGAUCGAGUAGAAUGGAAUUUUUUGAGGAGGAUGAUGGAGGGUCUGGGUUUUCCUGGGAGGUUCGUGGAGUUGGUAAUGUCCUCUGUGCAAUCUGUCAAUUAUUCUAUUGUUCUUCAGGGGAAGCCUUUUGGGAAAGUGAAGCCUACGAGGAGAAUAAGGCAAGGGGAUCCAAUCUCGCCAUAUUUGUUUUUAAUGGUUGCUGAAGGAUUUUCAUCACUAUUGUGGAAAGCUGUUUCGGAGGGUCAGUUGCAUGGUAUUGCUAUAGCACGGGGGGCUCCGUGUCUGUCCCAUCUAUUUUUCACAUAUGAUAGUUUGUUAUUCUGUGACACUUCAGCGGGGGACUGUAGUAAAUUAAAGGAGAUUAUUGAGAGAUAUGAGAUGGCUUCGCGUCAAAAAAUUAGUACUGAAAAGUCUGCUGUUUGCUUUAGCCCCAAAACCAACCGAGCUACGAAGGAAGAAUGUUGUGCUAUUCUGGAUAUGAAAGUUGUGCCAUGCCAGGAAAAAUAUUUGGGACUCCCAACGGUCACUGGGAGGAAUAAGAAGGGGACUUUUCGAGGCUUGGCAGAUCAGGUUUGGAAGCGAGUUCAAGGUUGGGAUGGGAAAAUAUUAUCGAAAGGUGGGAAAGAGAUCCUUAUUAAGGUCGUUGCUCAGUCUAUUCCCUUCUAUACGAUGAGUGUUUUUCAGUUGCCUAUUGGUACUUGUGAAGAAAUAACUAAACACAUUGCAAGAUUCUGGUGGGGGAAGCCAAAUGGGAGAGGAAUUCAUUGGAAGAGUUGGGAUAAAUUGUGUUGGUCAAAGAAUGAAAGGGAUCUGGGAUUUAGAGAGAUUCAGCAGUUUAAUAAAGCCCUUGUGGCAAAGCAAGGGUGGAGGUUGUUAAGGGGAGCUGAGUCUCUUGUGGGAAGGAUGUUAAAAGCCUGA